CCGAACUCGAGUAGUGAACAGACAAGCUCAUAUACCUGUAUUCAACUGUUUGUGGUUAUACCCGGAACAUUUUUUUUAAUCUUUAAGAUAAAAUAUAUAUUUUUAUGCCGAUAAACUCACACAAAUUGCGAUUAUUUAUUACUGAUAAAAACCUAGUUUUAACGAGGGAGAACAAUGGGGGUACCAAAGUUCACGCGAUUUAUUUGUGAGAGGUAUCCCUGCCUCUUGGAGGUGUUGAACGACUAUCAGAUCCCAGAGUUUGAUAACUUAUAUUUAGAUAUGAAUGGCAUUAUUCACUGCUGUUCACAUCCCAAUGAUGCUGAUGCACAUUUUCGAAUAACUGAAGAGACUAUUUUUAAGAAUAUAUUCCUCUACGUGGAGAUACUAUUCCGCACGAUAAAGCCACAGAAGUUGUUCUUCAUGGCUGUUGAUGGGGUUGCACCACGUGCCAAAAUUAAUCAGCAGAGGAGUAGGAGGUUUAAGUCGGCUAAAGCGGCUGAGGUUGUCGAGGCUAGGGCACGUGCCAAGGGUGAAGUACUACCGGAGGAGGCCAGGUUCGACUCCAAUUGUAUCACUCCUGGAACUGAGUUCAUGGCUAAAUUGACUGAACAGCUGAGGUAUUUUGUUAUUUACAAGAUAUCCACUGACAAGUUGUGGCAGAAGUGCAAAAUUAUCUUGAGUGGACCUGAGGUGCCAGGUGAGGGUGAGCACAAGAUAAUGGACUACAUCCGCUACAUGAGGUCCCAGCCAGACCACGACCCCAACACCCGCCACUGUCUGUACGGUCUGGACGCAGACCUGAUAAUGCUCUCCCUCUGCACACACGAGCCGCACUUCGCAGUGCUCCGAGAGGAAGUGAAGUACGGUCGAAACCCCCAGAAGUCGAGCACACUCCCCGAAAAGACAAAAUUCUGUCUCCUCCACGUCUCCCUCCUCCGCGAGUACAUGGAGCACGAGUUCGAGUCCCUAAAGUCCUCCCUCCCCUUCCCCUUCGACCUAGAAAAAAUAAUAGACGACUGGAUCCUGAUGGGAUUUCUGAUCGGCAACGACUUCAUUCCCCACCUGCCAAACCUCCACAUAGCGAAUGGAGCCCUCCCAGUGCUGUACCAAGCCUACAUGGAGACCCUCCCAACCCUGGAGGGUUACAUAAACGAGUCUGGAGCCCUGAACCUCCCUCGAUUCGAGAAAUUCAUGGAGAAGCUCUCGAGCCUGGACGUGAAGCACUUUUCGGAGCACCAGGCAGACUUGAAGUACUUCGAGGGCAAGACAGGUCGUCGUGCAGCCGAAAACGAUCGAACAAUGAACAAAAAACCCAGCCCAGAGGACAAUCCCCCGAAGAAGUCCUUCAAAAAGGACCUGGAGAACCUGAUCCAGUCCACCGAGGAAAUGCUCCUGGGCCACUCCGACGAGGAAGACGAUCUCCUGGACACCGAGGACUCUGACAACGACACCUACACCCUGGAAUUCCUCCAGCACAAGCAGGACUAUUACCUGAAAAAAUUCGACUACGAGAAAGUCGAUGCUGACGUGAUGAGACAACAGGCUGAGGCAUACGUCACAGCCAUCCAGUGGAAUCUCCACUACUACUACAACGGCUGCUGCAGCUGGUCCUGGUACUACCCCCACCACUACGCCCCCUUCAUCUCGGACAUAAAGAAUUUCAAGGAUUUGAAAUUUAAUUUCGAGCUUGCAACGCCAUUUCUCCCUUUUCAGCAGCUGUUGGCUGUGCUGCCAGCUGCCAGCAGAGGUCUUCUGCCUGAGGCUUACCAGGGGCUUCUGACGGAGGAGGAGUCACCCAUCAUUGAUUAUUACCCUGGGGAGUUUAAAACGGAUCUCAAUGAGAAGAAGCAGGAGUGGGAGGCCGUUGUGCUGAUUCCCUUUAUCGAUGAGAAAAAUCUUCUCGAGGCCAUGGAGCCUUACAAUGCUAAAUUGACGCCUGAGGAGCAGAAGCGAAAUCGUCACGGACCCAUGAGCGUUAUUACGUACACGGAGGCCAACCUGGGGGUGAUAACGGCGCCAGCUUACUUUCCCACGAUCGAGAGUCAUGCGAGGAUCACUCUGGUGGACCCCAAGGACAUCGAUGUCCCCAGGGAGAGGCUCAGGAAGGGGCUCAUGGAGGGCGCCAAGCUGAGUGUGUACUUCCCAGGUUUUCCGACGCUCCAGUAUCUCCAGCAUGAGGCGAAGCCGGAGAAGGGCAAGGUCAAGGUGUUCGAGCAGCCGUCGAGGAAUGAGAACAUGAUGAUUACGAUUUUGCCGAGGGAGACGCCUGGGAUCAAUCAACUGGCGAGCGAUCUCCUGGGGAAAAUUGUGUUCAUCAAGUGGCCGCAUCUGCUGGAGGCUCAUGUCAUUGGGGUCUCGGAUGGCUCCAGGAAGUUCUCGUUGAUCGAUCCUGACAAGGGGUACAGUCCGGAUAAUGUGAAGAGGGAGGAACUCAAGGCACAGGGGCUGAUUCAGUGGAGGGCAGAGGCUAGAGACGUCUCCAUGGGAUACAAAACCAGAUUUGGAAUAAUCACUGGGGACAUCGAGGCUCUAGUGCACGUGCGACCAAUCACUGGUCGCAGGUACAUCCUGACGUCCCAGGGUCGAAUGUCCCUCCAGAAGGAAUGGUGCAACAUCCCCUCUUACUGCCCCUAUCAAUCAAUCGUUCGUGAUAUCGCCGUCGAGGAGACCGGGAACAUCUCCCACAAGAAUAUUUCCGAGAUAUACACCCCCAAGAGUGUCUGCUUCAUGCUGGGGCACCCUCACUACGGGGCCAUGGGAGAAGUGGUGGAGCCGGGGGUCAAUCACAAGACUGGAAGGGUCAAGGUCGCCAUGAAUUUCACUCCAGAGCCUGAGUUCUCGGCUCUCAAACGAGAGCAGCACCAGAUGAAGAUGCAGUACAUGCAUGGCUCCAUUGCUGCCCAGAGGCUGGGGAUCAGUAGUCAUCUGUUGAGUAGAAUCACAGGUUCAAUUUUUGUGCAGCCGAAUUUCUCGGAGAACGAGAAGAAGCAACAGAAUGUUGGACUGAACCUCAAAUUCAACAAGAGGAACGAGGAGCUCCCCGGUUACACGAGGAAGGUGAGUGGCCAGUGGAUGUACAGCUCCAAGUCAGUGGGACUCAUCAGAGACUACAUGGAGCAGUACCCGAAGCUCUUCGAGCGGCUCGUGGAGAACGUGGGAAACGACAUCUUCAAUGAAGACGAUUUGUUCACGUCAGGAGGUGGUGAUGUAAUGGACGUCGUGAAGUGGCUGAAGGAGCAGCCCUUCAGGGCUGUUGAGAGUCGCAAUUGCCACUACGAGGGGCUUGAUCCUGACAUUAUUGCUCAGUUGCAGACAGAGAUUGAUGAGUUCGUGGAGAAGAAUGAGAAUAGUGCCAAGACUGUUAUCAUGCAAGUCAAGCCACACUUGUUAUUCAAGCCUGGUAUCAACAAUGGAAAUAUACCACCCGAUACGAGGGCUAAACAUCGAGUGUUCGAUAGAAUAAUAUCGGUUAAGGAGAAUUCGAGUGUUCCACUUGGGUACAAGGGGACUAUUAUCAAUGUCCAGGGGGUGGAAGGAAACAGUGAUAAUGUUUAUGAUGUUUUGUUUGACAAGCCAUUCAUCGGGGGAAUUUCUUUCACUGGUGGCGCCAACAGUCGCAGGGCCAAGCUCCAUGCCGCUGAGUUUAUUAACAUCAGUCAUGGGGUGAGGACUGAGCAGGAUAUCGCGGGAAUUGUUAAUGUCCCUGAUAAGAUCGUGAAGAAGAAGCAGGCCGGGGUGGAUAGUGCUCAGAACAGUGCUUUUGCCUCGUUCAAUUCACAGGGGAAUUUCUUCCCUGUUUUUGGAAAGGGGAAGAGUCAGAAUCACAGUCAGGGGCAGGGGCAGGUCUGGGUUAUGAAGAAGAAUCAGGCGCAGGGGGCGAAGAAGGAGGCGGAGAAGAGUGAGAAGAAGGAGGUGAAGGGACAGGCUGGGAGGAAGGCUGAGGCACAUGUGGGGACUGAGCAGGGCAGGAAGAGUGAGGGGAAUACUGAGUUCCAGAUGCUGUGGAAUGAACUGCAGAGAAUUCCGGUACCUACGAGCAAUACAAAGCUUCUGAUACCACCAUUCCCACAGAUGAGGCCACCAAUACCAACGGCACCAAUCGCCUCUUGCAUACCAGACGCGCCACAAGAUCCAAGCGCCUUCUUGAAGGCUGUCCUGAAGAUACCAGACGACAAGGCCCGUGAUCAAUCAAAGCCACCAGCAACAAACCGAGUACCUUUCACAUUCCCACCAACACCACCAGCUCCAACAUCUAAUGUCCCAACGUCGAAUGCCCCGACACUGGUGCAACAGAUGUUCGAUCAUGCAAGGCAAGCGCGAAAAGAGAACAUCUCCUACUGCGCUCGUCUGUUAAACCACUUCCAACUGAUGGGCAUUGGCAUGCCCAGAUACUUCUACAGUACCCAGAAGAACUUAGUUCACGCCCAGAUAAUCCUCCCAGACAUGCGAACAUUCUACGGUGACUUGUGUUCGAAUCACGAGCUGGCAGCCGAGAGUGCAGCGAAGAAAGUCUACACUGAGUUGAACCUGGACAACGCACCAAAGCCUCGUCCCUACUUCGAUCUACUGCCCCCAAAUGCUUGGUUGAACGUCCAGCCCCCAGUGAAUGUACAGCCCCCAGUGAUGAUGUCCCCCAGGUCAUUCCCAGAUGCCCAGAAGCCACCAGUGAGACCUCCAGCCAACUGGAACGUCAGAAUGCCCCAGCAAGCCCCAGGCUUCACCCAGAUGGCUCCUCCCAGGAUGGGCCAUCCCAUUCCACCGUUAAUAUCACCGGGCACUUCGCAGGCGGAGGGAAAGCCUGAGGUCAAGCAGAGCGCACCCUUUGUGCCCCUUCAAGCUCAGAAGAAGACACGCUUACGUCAUCCCAAGGACAAAUCCCAGGAAACACCGCAUUAUGCCAAGGAACAAACCCCUCUCAAGCCACAGAAGGCCAAACCCAAAGAGAAUUCUCCAAAGAUACCCAGGGAUGAGAAGGCUACGAAGGAGAAUGAACAGAGCAAAGCGGGAAAGGACAAUCCAACAGUUGCACAAAAGAGCUAUAAGAAUCCUAGGCAAAGGAGGUCGAGAAUUGCUGCCAAUUUUGGAUCCUCCGCUGCUAAUGGCAGUGAUAAAUAAAUGUAUCGAUUUUGGGGUUUUUUGAGGAUAUGUUCGAUGAAUGAGUUUCUGGGGUUCUGGGGAGGGGGCAGUAAUGAAGUGGUGAAUUGGGAUAUGUUGUCUUUGUUUUUUUAUUUCUUUUUGGAGCUGAUUGUUAUCGAGAUUGUUUGGAGGGGAGUUGGAGAGCUAUUUCUAGAAAUUUAUCUGCUAAAUUUGGAAUUUAUCUCGAUAAUGAGGAACUCUGGAGAGAAUUUCCAAACUCAAUUUUUCUACAUUUUUUUUUAAUGACUCGUCAUCAACAUAAUUUUGAUAUUCAACUAGAGGUGCAACAUUCGAAAUUGAGAAAGGACAAUCGUGUAUAUUUUUUGUGCAGAAUUGAAUUUUUAGCAAAAAUUGUCUUGAAUGUUUUGUCGGAGCUCAUUACUAUCGAGAUAAUUGCAUAUUUCAAUAGAUGUUGAAAAGUUCAAAAAAAUUUCAAUUUCUAAAAAAUUUCCACUUAUCUCGAUAACGAGUGAUUCUCAAUUUUUUUUCUACAAAGAAUGUACAUAAAUUUUCGUAAAACACUCGUUAUUAAGAUGACUUUGUUAUUCAUCCAGAGGCGAAACGCUUGAAACUGAAAAAAAUAGGGAGAAUUUAGCAUUCAUCCCGAUUAUUCUGCAAUUAUCUCGAUAAUGAGUGACUCUAGAGGAAAAUUUUUUUGUAAAGGAUUAAUCUCCUCAAAAAUGUUCAAUUAAUAAUUGAUCUUUUUCUAAAAUUCUUCAUUGAGAAAAACAGUUCUAAAAAUCUCGAGAUACAAAAAAACGAUCUCGCCACUUCACUACUAAAUCAAUCCCUGAAAUCUCAUGAAACUGUGCGUGUAUCAUCAGGUUUUUUUACAAAUCAAUGAAACGAAUGAAUUUUGUUUUGUUCUAAACGUCAGAAUGGGUUUUCAAUUGUGAAUAUUCUGAUGGAAAUUUUUUCCUGGCAGCUUUCACUCAAUUGACCUCAUUCAACCGAAUAAUUUUUACUUAUGUUUUGAUUUCCACCACUUUACGUGAGUAUUUUGACACGACGUUUAGUAUUAUUGAGUUUUGAUAUUAUUAUUGAAAAGAUGUAAAUUACAUUUUUUUUAUUUAUUCAUACAUCUUAGUUUCUGUGUCAAAUCAAAGCUUGAAUGUAUGUGAUAAAGAUGAUAAAUUGUUUUUUUUCUCAGGAUUCUUUCGUAUUUUCUUACAAAAAGGAAGAAACUGUGUUUUUAACUGAAAAUCACAAUCAUGUGCAUAUGAUAUUGACGAAUGUAAAUUUUCAAACUUCAUGUGCUGCCAGUACUGAUAAGAAUUCAGAGUACGAUUUAACAAAUGUUUACAUUGAUUUGAUGAAUUUUGUAAAGAAAUUAAAAGAAACAUAGAUAAAUAUGCUUUCUCAUUUCAUUUUGUAGAAUCAGUGAAAUACAUUUGAAUAGAACAUGAAUAAAUAAUCACAAAGUACAAUUUUUCUAAAUACUA